GGCGGUGAGCGGCGCCCCGGCCCGGCCUCGCUCCACCCCUUGGCAGGGGCAGCGCCCGCCGUGGCCAUGGCGGCCUGGCCUGCCGUACCCCUUCUCAUCAACCUCGGUGGGUCGUUGCUGGGCUUCGCGGCCACGCUGACGCUGAUCCCGGCCUUCACGAACCACUUCCUCGCCGCCCGGCUCUUUGGAGAGGACCUCAACAAGACCUCAAGGCGGCCCGUCCCCGAAGCACAGGGCGUGAUCAGCGGUGCUGUGUUCCUGAUCAUCCUUUUCUGCUUCAUCCCCGUGCCCUUCUUGAGAUGUUUUGUGGAGGACCAGUGCGCGGCCUUCCCUCACGACGAGUUCGUGGAGCUCAUCGGUUCGCUCCUUGCCAUCUGCUGCAUGAUUUUCCUGGGCUUUGCAGAUGAUGUUCUGAACCUGCGCUGGCGCCACAAGUUGCUUCUUCCUACCAUGGCUUCCCUCCCACUGCUCAUGGUUUAUUUCACCAACUUUGGGAACACAACCAUUGUGGUGCCUAAGCCCUUCCGGGUGCUGCUGGGCAUGCACUUGGACCUGGGUAUCCUCUACUAUGUGUACAUGGGUAUGCUAGCAGUGUUCUGCACUAAUGCCAUCAACAUUCUCGCCGGAAUUAACGGAAUUGAAGCAGGACAGUCGCUGGUGAUAGCUGCUUCCAUUAUCAUAUUCAAUAUUGUAGAGUUAAAUGGGGAUUAUCGAGAUGAUCACAUUUUUUCUCUCUACUUCAUGAUUCCCUUUUUUUUUACCACGCUGGGCCUGUUUUACCACAACUGGUACCCAUCUCGAGUGUUUGUUGGGGACACCUUCUGCUACUUUGCUGGCAUGACCUUUGCUGUGGUGGGGAUCUUGGGACACUUCAGCAAAACAAUGCUGCUUUUUUUCAUCCCGCAAGUACUUAACUUCCUCUAUUCAUUGCCUCAGCUCUUCCACGUCAUUCCUUGUCCCCGUCACCGGCUACCAAGGCUUAAUCCUAGUACAGGGAAGUUGGAGAUGAGCUACUCCAAAUUCAAAACUAAGAGCCUCUCUGCCCUGGGAACAAACAUUCUGAAGGUAGUCAAGAUCUUGCACGUAGUAGAUGUGAGGAGUGGAACAGAUGAAGAUGGUGAAUACACCGAAUGCAAUAAUAUGACACUUAUUAAUUUUGUCAUAAAGCUGAUUGGACCCACCCACGAGCGAAAUCUCACUCUCCUGUUGCUACUCAUUCAGGUCAGACAAAGGGUUCAUCCAGUAGAAAGAUAUACUCUGCAGCAGAAACAGAUCCAAGUCAGUCUCAAGAGUUUUAAGGGGAAAGUAAAAUAUCAUGCUCUUCACACAAGGUGCAGUUGAGCUGUGGAGCUUGAGGAGAAUAAGAGGCUUAUACACCUUGAGAAGGAAAGAAAUUCACACCUCCCUGUUCAUUGAGAGCCUAUUAAAAAAAAAAUCGGAAGGUUAGCUUAAGAUUCCCAAGGCACGAGUCACUGGUUGCAAGAAAAACAUGAGGACAGCAAAGUGCCUUGUCACUCUGACUCAAAACAGCCUUUUGGUAUGUUCUUGUUUUUCAGUAAUACCAAAUAACAUUUUCAGAGUUAUCGCUGGCAAGUGGAUUUAUGUAAGCGUGGCGCGUGGCUCAGCAGUCCGUCAGUCUGAGGGGCAUGCAGGAGCAUUUUGAAGCCACUUGGAGCACAAGGAUAUGCUUCCCAAAUACUGCCAUUACCUCUAGUCAGCAUGUGAAUUCUUGAGCACAGUGUAGUAAAAACAGUGCUUUUGGAGGGCCUGCAUUGGUCAACUGCCCACAAUAAAAUCGUUCUUUUCAUCUUCAGAUUUAAGGUCAGGGAUCCUUACUAGGAAAGAGACACUUAGGUUCCAAUUUGGGAGGAAGGACUUUCAACAAAAGCCUGUUGAACAGGGUUCAGGUAGAUGACAUCAGGGGUGGGAGAAGACAGGAAGUACAUAGCACUUACCUUGAUCCCAGUCACAGCAGAGAAGUCCUGACAGCACCUUAUUGUGAGGAUGCUGACUUUCAGCUUUGACAUAAGCCUUUUUGUUGCUGUUUUGUGAAACGAGGCAUGCUGGAAAGCUUAGCAAAUCCAUUUGGAAAGGAGAAAUCUGAUGGCCUGUAAACCAUUCGACAGUAUAAUGUUUCUGUUAUGUGUCUGAUUUUUACCUAGGUCCUUGGCAGCGCAAUUGCAUUUUUGAUCCGGUACCAACUAGUGCGCUUGUUUUAUGAUGUCUGACUGGACUGUCAGGAGCAAGGGAAAGAAUUCUACCUGCCAGUCUAUUUUCUCCAGUUGCUUGACCAAAUGAUUCAACUGAUCUUAUUCCCGCCCUCUUGAAAACCUCAGAAUAGCCGUCAAAAUGCAAGCAGCUGCUUUGUGUGGGCUAGUUUUGAAGUGGCAUGUUUCUUGUGCACCAAAGGCUUUUGUCCAAUUCCGUGAUAGAAAAGAUUCACUGCUACUUGGACAUCAUUGUUACUAGGAAUACCUUUUAGAGGGGAAGCAAAUGAUAGCACUUAGGGAAAGUGGAAAGAUGGAAUCUCUAUACAUCUAACAAAGACAUUACUGUUCACCAAGAGAGAAAACAGUAACUUUCAUUUCUGUGAGCAGAACAAGUAAACCAGACUCCGCUCCUGGCUUCUCCAAUCCUGUUUUUGGUCCAUGGACAUAGAACAACAUGUUAUAAUCCAUACUCAAAACUCAGAGCGCUCCAAGAAUAAAAUAAUUCAUGGUA